AACUAGUCUACGGUUUGUAUGUUGUUCCAAUAGUUACCAGUUUCUUCUCCGUACUAGGGAUGGCCAUUGAAAGGUUUCAGGCUUUUGCAGUGUAUCGAGAUCAUAGGCAUGUCACUAGAAAAUUUUCUAUUGCCUGGUUCCUAUCCUCCUGGACUUUAGCUGUCUGCUUUGUGGUAAUAUUGGUGGCACAAAUUUCAACAGUUUCAAAAGGGGAAGUUCUGAGUAUCAAGGCAGAGACGAUUGACAUAAAAAAUACCAUGCCAAGAAAUGCGCUAGCAUCACAGCUGUUUCCAGGACCACACAGUGAACCUACAGUUCUAGAGUCUACUUAUGUUGAAACAACGACAACAACUACUCAACCAACUACACAACAAAAUGAGAAUUCAACAUCCUUUGUAUGUACAAGGCUUCUUAAUGAAGGAGUUAAGUGUGAGUAUGAAAAUGAUGAGGAUGAGGAUGAGUCUGGUACAGAUGAAACUAUGGAUGUAAACUCAUUGAUUGACGAAGAAGAAGAACAGAACGACUACCCUCUGGAAGCUGUGUUUCCAUCUGCUAUUGAAGAAGAACCAGAUGAUGAUGAGAAAUCAACUAAAAGUCCAGAAGAAAACAACGGAUCAGUAUCAAGUUCAACAGUAUCUUCAAGUAAUUCAACCUCCACAAAUAUAUCAGGAAGCGUUGAAGGGAUUCUAACUACAGAGAGAGGAAUAGAUUCAUCCACUCCUCUUUCAAUAUUUCCAGAUCGAUCUCCCGCUACAAAACAAAUGAUGACCCAGCUUCCAACGAAGACGACUCCAAGUAUGACUAAGCAAUUGCCUUCAACUAUUCCUACUUCAACGGGAGCUUAUGAUGCCAAAAUUCUGAUUAAGGCACGAAAGGGAUUGACAAGGAAAAAAAGAAACGUUAUAAUAAAACAUAAUAAAAAUUUAGAGAAAGAGGUUGCUGAGGAACUUGCAGACAAAAUAUUUAGGGACGCUAAGAAUUCAAUUCAAAAUAAACAUUUGUUUUUUUAA